AUGGCGCCGACGGGGAGGAGGACGAGGCGGACGGCGGUGAGGUUCGGGGUCGGCCGGCGAUGGAGAGGCGGGGCGGGGCAGUCCAGCGACCGACGAGGUGGGGCGUCGGGGUGGCGCCGGGGACGAGGAGGUCCGGCGUCGGGAGGGGCUCCGCGCGGCGACGUCGGCCUCAGGCCGCCGCGGGUGUCGGGGGCGAGGCGAGGCUCAGUGGACCUCCGGGCGGCGAGGGACGGCGACGGGCCGUCGGGGGCGACGCGGCAGGCGCGGCGAGGGGCGCCGCUGAGGGAGAGGGGACGGGAGCGCGAGGAUGAAGGCGGGGGCUGGCGAGGUCCAGGCGACGGCGCGGGCGGGGACGGGCGCGGGGGCGCCCAGAUCGAGCGGGGGGAGGAGGGGGACGUGCGAGAGAGAGGGGAUCCAGAGAGGAGUGGGGUAGUGGGGGGCGACGGGGUGGAGAGGGUUAGGGUUUCGGGAGUGGGAGGGAUAAGGAGGCCCAGUCGGGCCUGGUGGGCCGGCCGGUGCGGCGGCUAG